UCUUGAAUUUAUCACUGUGGUGUUAUGAGCUUUAGAGAUGUCGGUGCUGCAGUGUGUGCUAGCGGGAGCAGUUUUCUUUUACGUGAUAAUUUACUACGGUGUGUUCAGAGGAGCGAGAUGCGCCAGUUCAGUGAAACUUAGCGGGAAGACGGCCAUUGUCACAGGAAGUAACACUGGCAUUGGGAAGGCUACGGCUCUGGAUCUGGCAAAAAGAGGAGCACGAGUGAUUCUGGCUUGUUGGAACAAGGAAAAGGCUGAAACAGCUGCUUAUGACAUCCGCAGAGAGAGUGGGAACAACCAGGUGGUGUUCAUGCCAUUGGAUCUAGCGAGUUUCAAGUCAAUUCGAAACUUUGCUGAAACCUUCCUGAAGACUGAACCCAGACUGGAUCUUCUUAUCAACAACGCAGGUUUGAUGGGUGCAGGACAGACUGAAGAUGGUUUUGGCUUGGCGUUUGGCGUGAACCACCUGGGUCACUUCCUGCUCACUAACCUCCUCCUGGAGCGUCUGCAAAAGAAUGGUCCCAGCCGGGUGGUCAAUGUUUCUGCUCUUCUGCAUCGUCUCGGUAGCAUUGACUUCCCCCUGCUGGACUCUAAAAAGGAUUUAGUCUCUGGUCAGUCCACCUGGCACAACUUUCAGGCCUACUGCAACAGCAAGCUGUGUAAUGUGCUCUUCACCAGGGAGCUGGCCAACAGGCUGGAGGGCACCAGUGUCACCUGCUACAGUCUACACCCAGGUGUCAUCUACACAGAGCUCUGCCGUAGUUUGAGCCUGUGGCAGCAACUCCUCUUGAUUCCCUUUGCCAAGCUCUUCUUCCUGGACCCUGAAGGGGGGUCCCAGACCACCCUGCACUGUGCCCUGCAGGAGGGUAUCGAACCUCUCAGCGGGCGCUACUUCUCGAACUGUGCUCUGCAACAAGUGGGAGCCCGGGGGCGAGAUGAUGCUCUGGCUAAGAAGCUGUGGGAAGUGAGUGAGAGGUUAACAGGCUUAUCAUGAGAGACUGAGUCUAAAUCCUGGACCUCAGAGGACUCUUUGAACUCUGUGGCCUUUAUCAGAGACCACUCAGGCCUCCAGUGUAAAAGUCUUAUUUCUUUUUGUCCUAUAUGAAAGCAGGAGAACCUUUGACUGAUAAGUGUGUGAUGCUUUCAUAUUUCUGCCACCUGUUUGAAUGUUUUAUGUUUUUGCUGUUUAUCAGAUAACAGUGAGAUGUCACUGCUGCACUUCCGGUUAAACUGCUUUUUCUUGCUGGGAGAGUUCUUUACCUCAAACGUCAGCUUGUCAGAAUGUUUUCAUGCUUACAACAGCCCAGGUAUGAUUCAAUGAUUACCUUUAGCAGGUAUCAAUAAUGUCCAAAUGAAGGAAAAUGCAAAGUACUAACCAGCCACUAAAGCAGCGUCUUUAACUCAACGCAGUACACAUGUAUCAGCCAGUCUCUCUCCUGUGUGAUCGGGGAAAAAAAGUAAUACUUUCAAAUACACACUAAUUUUUCAUGGCUUUUUGAAUAUGAAAAUAUCCAAUAUUUGACUAAUUUCUACAGGCAUCAGCACAUUAAAUAAAAGUUUAAUAUUUCUUAAAGAUAUCUUGUUUUCAUUCACCAAUAGCAUCACUGGCAGAAGAGGCAAGUGCUGCCUCUUCUACCAGUGAUGGCUAUUUAUCAGAAUCUCUAAAUUGCGGACUUUGUAGAGUCUUCCUUUUUUAGAGAUGAUGCACAAACUACUGAUAGGAGAAGCAAAAAGACAGGAAUGGGAGAGAAUAGGAGCAAGGAUGAAACCCAGCUGUAUCCCAACUCUGCUAGGUGCUAUUUAGUUGUAUUUCUGGAUAAAAAUAUUUUAAUCUAUCAAAAACCAUGACAACUGACACACUUUUUAGGAUGAAAAUAGAUAAAUCUUAUUUUUUGUGUUAAAAUGUUAAGGGUGUUAAGUUUUCAUAACCUACAUAAAUACAACUACUAUAUUUCAGUAUCCUGCUUUGUUAAAUACUUGGGUUCAGAUUUGCCACUUUCAUUUCACAUUCUCUGCUUUAUUCAUGGUCUUGUUCUCCUCUGUUGAUGUUCCACUUAUAUAUAACAAUCAGGGUUCCUCAAGAUCCUUAAAAAGUCUUGAAUUGGAUUUUUAUAAAUUUAAGGCUAUAAAAAGUAUUGAAAAUUCUUAUUUUUACUAGCGAGUGGUCUUAAAUUUCAGAAGACACUCUGACAUAGACGUGUCUUUAUCCAAUGUAUCUUUUCUACCUGCAUUCAUUCGAUUUUAAUCCAUCUUUUUUAAUGUACGCUUGUUGUGUAUAUUAUGAUAAAUAUCAUUUUUCCAUAUGUUGAUAAAAAAAGAGGCAUUUAAUUAGACAAAAAUCAUCAAAUUUGGGUGUUUAUGACCAAAAUGUGUCUGUUUUCUAUAUUAUUUUA